AUGUCUUUCCUUCAUGGAGUUCUGCAAAGUGUAAAGGAUGAUGAUAACGUUAAGAAAUAUGAUAGUUACAUUAAAUUAACAGAUAAUAAUUAUGAUUUACAUACUGUCCUUCAAAAUCUCCACUCUUCCAUUGGCCAGGGACGCAGUGUAUUUGGUGAGCAGGUUGAAAAGGUGGAGGAGAGGACUGGAGCAGUGAAGGACAAAUUAGGUGGACAAUACUAUGAAGAGGUUUCAAGGCGAUCAAGGGAGAGGCUUCAGGACCAGUUGAGCGAGUGGAAGUCAACGGUGUCGCGAAUAGUUCGUGAAAUUGACAACGUAGAAAGCUAUAACGUUAAUCUAUUAGAUGAUACUCUACGUGAUAAAAUAAUGCAUGAGAUGAGAGUUGUUGAGAAAUCUGUGCAGGUGCUAAAGGAGAGCGUGGCGUGUAAGAUGCUGGAGACUCAGGUGAGAAAUGUGGAUAAUGAAAUAGACUAUCAGGAAAAACAGGUAAUUAGAAAGAUAGAAGAGCAAUCUGCAAAUAUACAAGCGACAUUGAAGAAUGAGACUGAUAAGAUUUGGAAUUCAAUUGAGAGUAUGAAAGACAAAAGGAGAGAGCGGCUUAAUGCUAUAGGAGGGUCAUUGAGGGAUCUUCAACAUUUCCUCAAUGAUGGGUUUAAUAGAAAUUACAAGAAUAAAAUCAUUGACGUCAUAGAUACGAUUAAGAAAGAUGUUACUAGAGUAUUUACGGAUCUAUCAGACAGAAAGGCACGGCUUGACGAGUUGGUGAGUACGAUGCAGGGGACGUUGAACAAGCUGUCAAGUGAGUUUGAGGGCAAAGUGAAGGAUGGUGCAAGACAGGAUUUGGGGGCGUUGCAAGGGGAGAUUAGUGGGCUUGAUGGCAAGGUUAAAAGUGAGUCCGGUUUUGAUAACGUCGUGAGUAAGCAGUUGAGGCUGCUUGAGGAAGCUAAGAAGCCCCUUGAUAAGAUCGCUGCCUCCAAAGAGUCAGGUGUUGUGCCGGAGGAUGGCAACCUUGAACUUAGGUUUCAUGGUGUGAUAUAUGAGCCGAUUACCAAGUUGGUUACUAAUGUGGAGACGGCUAUUGGGAAGCUGUACGGCGUUGUUACGAAUGGACAGGCGGGAGAAGGCAAAACAAAUCAGAAAAUAGAACUGGUUAUUACAGAAAUUAAAAACAAGGUUGCCGCGAUUAGAGAUGGAGUGCUUGGACCGGUUGGCGACGGAAAUGAUGGUAUGAAGAAGCAUUGGUUUGACCUUAGAGAGGAAAUUCAGAGGCUUGUUGGACAACUUUAUACGAAUGGAAAAUAUGGUCAAUCCGGUCAUCUUGGUGCAAUCGUUGAUGGCAUUAAGAGGUGUGCGGAUAAAUUUAAUGAGAUUUCGUUUAAAAACAUAGUCGACGGUUGGGUGGGAGAUAUUUUUAAAGCUCAGCCAGUUAAAACGCAUAUUGAGAAUUACGUUGGGAGUGAGUUGCACAACGUGAAUAGAGUAGAAAUGGGCAUCAAAAUGCAGAUAACUGGUAUGGCAAGCAACGUUCCUAGAAUGCCCACAUCUACCGAAAGUGUUGCAGAUUAUUUAAACCACAUUCACCGGGUUCUUGCUGACUUUGCCGAGAAAGUUAAUCCAAACUAUGGUAGCAGUAUCGCUGAACAGUUACAUUCAAGAUUGCGCAUAUCUACCCGCGCCGACAGCCAAACUCACCUCACAUCUGCCAUUAGAGAUACUCUAUCCUCUGUUAAGUUGAUCGCCAACAAACUUACCGAGGAGAUACGUAAAUUCAUGACGGAGUCCAGUAUUGAGAAGUUGAAAAAUGCAGUAGCGGACGUUCAAAAUAUUGGAAAGCAAUUUCGUAAUACCAAUACUAGUCAUGGAGAAAAGAUCGAUGAAGCCUUUUCUACCGUGCAGCCUGCACUUAAACCUCUUGCUGACAAUCUCAACAAAGCAACUACUCAUGGUUCUCUCUUCACAAAUGGAACAGCUAGAACUGUUGAUACGUGGUUGGGGCGUGUAAGAGAUGAAGUGGAAAAUCUUGAAAAAGCAUUCACUGAACAAGUCAAAAGUGGACUUGGGCCGGCCGUAAACAGGUUCAACUCUAACGCCAUAGACCGUAUCCAACAAGCUGCAAAGACGGCUAUCAGACACGCAGCCCAAAAAGUGGCGGCAGCACACAGGAAAAUAGACAAUGGCGACCAGUUCAAUAUAACUGGUCUUGGCACUAAGGUGAAGGAACUACAACAACAAUUCGACGCACUUAAAACGUAUGUAAUGGAUAACAAACAAGGUACAAUUGAUAUAAAACUACAAGAGAUCCAGACAGAAGUUGCUGCUAAGCUCGAGAAGCUUCAGAAUGUACAGGAUCCUGGCAGCGUUCACGCAAAGAUAGAGGAAGCAGAUGGACUUAUGGAACAACUACGAAUUGACAUUCGAAACAGAAUUGAUAACAUCGAACAGCUCGUUAAGGAUGCGGAAAAAGUAUUGAUAAAUGCGACUGAUGCGGUCGACAAAGCGGUCAUAUCAGCGCGCACGACUCUUACCAAUACCAUCCAAACCCUUACAAACGAGUUGCUGCAUGUCACAAAACAUGCCUUCGACAGCGUUAACAGACAGAUUAAAUCCCUCUUUAUCGAGCAGCACAAAGCCGACCUCUCCGCGCUGCACAAACUGGUCGAACGCCAGGCCAAAAAGAUCAAAAGUAUAAUUGACACCGAUGUAACAAACGGCGUCAAAGGUUUACUAAAUCACAUGGGAACAUGGUUACCGCACAAUAAAUCACCUGUCAUCUUCAAAAAUCUAACAUACUUUAGCGAUGUCGCCGUGGAUUCCAAGUAUCUCCUAGAUGCCCUCCUCUCCUACACCACCGAACAGGUCAAGACGCCGGGCAAGACGAAGGGGGGCCAAGCCCCGGCCCAGACUCAGAGUCAGCCUCAAAAGCCUUCCGAUAACCUUCCACCUCCAGGCCGUGUCGGACAUUCCGGUCCUACUAAACCUGUGGAUACAUCUGCGCCCAAGAACCCCAAUGCGGACUAUCUUGAAACGCUCAAGCUUCAUGUCGACAGACUCUUCGGCACGCUUUCCAUGGGUCGAUUCAGUAAAACGUUCGCAUCGCAACGUGAAGAAUUUGAAAUGUUCCUCGACACAAUGAACCCUUUGAAGUUCGGCGGGCCAUGCAAUCCUCUACUGGACAUUCUCAAGGAAGGCUUCAAGCCUUUCCUCACGGAAUUGCGCAGAGCAUAUAUUUUGGCAUACGAUCGUGCUGCGUAUAAUUUCCCAUGGGAUCAAGAUAGUAACUCAGAGAAAUGCGCAAAAGUCUGCUUGACGCUACUCUCCACUUUGAACAGUGAUCUUGGCAGACUGAGGAAAAAAUGCAGUAAAGAUUGGUACCGUUUCCCAAUUCAUCGAGGUGACGUUACCAUUAUCGACAGGAAUACUCAGCCAGCGCAAAUAAAAAAUCCCCUUGGUCACUUCUUCCAGAAGUGCGGCUAUGAGGUGUCCGACGCUGCCGGCAGGCAAAAUGGCCAUUUGCGUAAUGAGAAGAAAUUCACAGGUGAAGAGGUUUAUAAGCUCGUUGCCGGUGACUCACUUAGUCAUGUUUUCAGACAGCACGGGGAGGGACCGUUUGACUUCCUGCACGAAUACCUCCAAGACUACUACGCUGUCGGACACAUCGCCACAGCAUUCGCCACCAAGCCGCCGUGUUCCGUGUAUGAAAUGUUACUCUGGUGUGCCGGUCUCACAUAUAAUUCUGUUUAUUCUGCGUUACUAUCCAGCAUUAGCGAAAAGCUGGAGGAGCCAGAUAAGCCACUUGGCGCCGCCGAUGGCCUUGUUGCAUUCGACAUGAAAGAUACAUUCCUAAAUACAUAUCCACAUAAAGUCACGUAUGCAAAUUUCUAUGAACUGUUACACCAUAUUUGUUCGAAAUCAUCGUCCAUAUUGACAACCAUUCUCGGCUUUGGUGACGAGCACACUAUGUACGCCUGUGACUUCUAUGAUAACUCCAUAAAACUGUAUUAUCCUAAAAGCGGUGCGGAGUGUCUUGACACGCUUCUCGACAUAUUGCGUCGAAUGUUCCCACCGCUCAGAUUUUUGUUUUUCCAGUGCAGAGUCGGCGAAUCAGACUACGGCUGGGCGGACUGCCACUUCGGCAAGGAGAUAACCCCAGCCAUAUGGCAGUGUACCAACCACUCAACGUCUGAAUCAAAUUAUAAACCAAAGUGCCAACCUACGUGCCAGGCAAAUGGUCAAUCAAAGUGCCAACCAACGUCUCCACUUCAGUCCUACCUCACUGACAGUCUCGUCGGUUGCCUCCCUCACCAGCUUAGCGGAAUUGGUUGCAAACCAAAAUGUACAACAUGUCCUAAGAGCCUUCCUGGCAUGCCGUGUCUGACUCCCCUUGGCUUCAGAGGUUUCUCUGGGACCACGCGCAAAGGUGAAGACCUAAGCAACGUGCUGCGUAACUUGUUCGGUGACACAUACCUUGCAUCGCUCUUCUGUCUUGCGCCCAAAGCACCAAGUACGUUGCCAGAACACUUUGGGUUUACGUUGUCACUUGUUAAUAAGUGGAAUGACGGUGGCAAUCACCUAAUAAGAGAUGCCUUUAAAAAGGCUAUCGACGACCGUUCCAUUAGCCUCUAUGAAGACGCCUCCACCCUAACCACUGCGCUGAGCAACGCUUACGGUAGCAGCCAGAGUAGUCACAGUAGUGAAAAGCAUCAGAGCACAGAUCCAAAUACAGAAGAGAAUGAACCUAACAAAGGUGACUUGUCAAGUCUCUCAAUGGCCACCGCAUGUUCCGGUCAGCUGUGUGCCCCUUAUGUAUAUACGUUGUGCUCCGAUUACUACACUUACUUAGGCAAAUCGCAUUCCAAGUUGUACCUUUCCUGGGCAGUUUACUUGCCGUGGUCGUUGUGGCAAUAUCUUGAAUUGCUGUACAACGCUAUAAAGGACAUCUUCUGCCAGGACUGGGGAUGCAGAGGAUGCCUACGUGCUGAAACGUGCAGACGUGGAGAGCAUGGCCUCACCAACGACAAAACAAAAUCAGCAAAUUGUCACUGUGAAUCUAUGGUCCAAUGCAGAGGCAUGAUGCCGACGCUAUAUAAGUACGGUUUCACAUUUGGUGCGCCAGCAGCGUUGAAUAAGGAGAAUGCGUCUAAGACAUGUUCCAAUUUCUGUGACCAGCUGCGCAAUGUAUUGCACUCGACAUAUUUUGAUAAGCUGUUCAAGGAGUGCGACAAUUUCUUAUGGAAAAUCAGGGAACCAUUCUCCAUCACAUUAUUAGCCCUCUGGUCCCUCUCGCUCCUGUACCUGCUGCACAUCGCCGUCGUCCGCCUCGACGUCCUGAGGAUACGCUCCGACCUGAGAUCACCCUCAAGCCACCGCAUCGCCGCACAGUCCCUCCUCGCCGCCGCACGCGUCAAGGCACUCGCCAACGUCAAGUACUUCUCACCAUAA